AUCCCGUUGAACAAACGAUUAGUUAAACGGUUUCCUUCGAUCCUGGGCAGGCGCUAAAGGAAGGAAGUCGUUUUCUUAUCCUUUGGUACAAGAACUACAGUUAAAAUUGGUGACCUGUAGAGAACGGUAGUCGCGGGCUCUGGGUAGAGGGGUGAGCGUGUUUCAGAGGCGACAACAGCACGGUAUGCAGAUACGAAGCCGGGGUAAACCGGGAAGCCGUAGUUCGCGGAGCGUAGUAAUCGUAGUCGCUCCGAACAGUCAACGACAUCCGGAAGCCGCGGAGACACUGGAAUUCAGACAGACGAUGCGGCUGCUCCUCGAAGCGUACCCCUUGCUGUUCCUCUUAACGGGAGUCUGCGCGACAGGGAUCGGCAAGGCAUGGCAGGUCCUCCCGUACGCGACCGUGGACUGGAACCACGAGUCCUGGCCACGGUCAGACUCCUCCGUGUUCGAGGUGCGCAGCGUGAGCGGCGUGGGCCACUUAGAUCCGCCAGGACCAUCGCAGCCGAACACCAAACCCGGGACAGAAUCCACCGAGCCAAACGAUCUCCCCAAAUCAUCAAUUAAAAACCCUCACGACAGACUCGAGCGAACAGCGGAAUCCCACAACCAGAACGAAGCGGCCGAGAAGAUACUCGACACGGGCGUCAUGAUGACGGUGCUCCAAGGGAACGCGAGAGACAUCACUGCUAACUCGGAAGAGGACAUAUCCCGAGUCCGGCGCGACGCCGACAACGAGACGAGGAUGGAGCAGAUCACGACCACGAAGAACGUGCGGGAGGUUCGCCUGAGCUCGCCGGAGACCUGGUCCUCGCAGUCCCUGUCCGUCGAGUUCCCGAACCGCGGCCUGGACCAGAUGAUCCAGCAGACGGUGGACGAGGAGGAGCUGCCGAACUCGAGAGGCUACCACGCGCCGCGCGCCGACUUCGUCACCAGCCACCAAAGGCGCAGCUACGACCAUCGGGACGCCAGGGACAUGCCGGUGACCAGAGGCUACGACGACUACGACUUCCCCUGGUACAGGAACGCCGCGCGCGAGAGGGAGUACGACCCGGUGGCCUACCGCAGAGGCUACAGCUACUACUACCCCGACCGCUACCGAAUGGAGCGCGACUACUACAUGCGUCUGCCGCAGGACUACGCCUACUACUACGACAGGUACCGGGACGAGGACCUGGACCUCUACGGGCGCAGCAGACCGACGCCGAAGCCGAAGCGGAUCAUCUACUACGCGACGCUGCCGGAGAUAGUCAGGAAGCCCGUGGACCUGCGGAACUACCCCAGGCAGUACGAAGCGGCCAGGACGCCGGUGUCCAGGGACGGCACCUACAAACGCAUCCCGGGGAACGUCGACCCCAGCAGGUACCGCUUCAGACACCUGUACGACGGCUACGACUCGUACUCGAAGAGGUCCAGCUUCGAUAGACCGUUUUCUUAUGGUGACGAGGACGGUCGUCGUAAAGUGACGCUGGAGAGUCUCCGGAACAACGAGCCGCUCGACCCAAGCGGCGACAGGAAGCUGGCUAAUCAGGUGUCCGUUCGGAACGACGGCAAGCUGCCCUGGCCGGUGCAGAUCGGCACCGAGGUCAGCGUCAAGGACGACGACAGGGUCCCCGGCAGGAAGAUCUUCGGCGAGAGCAACGGCUACGAGAGAUUCCAGAGCGCGCAGCUGCAGAAGGCGCCCGACGCUACCGGCUCCAGCGAACUGCAGAGCGAUAAUUGAAUCGAUUCGCGUGCAUGGUUGAAUCGAGCAAGGAAUCGACUUGGGUAGAUCGGGUUCGGGGGUUUUCGUGAUCGGUGGGGUUGUAAUUGAUGAUCGAUUAACGUUGUAAUUGAUAUUUGAGUCGUUUCGACGGACAGCUGCGUACAAACCAAGUCAAUUCGUUCUUCGAUCUGAUAGAUGUAGUUGGUUUGGAGGAACCUCUUCUCUGAUUACUUUGAUACGCUGUCCUUUUUUUAACGAGACGUUUGUUAACUGUCGACGUAUAGUUCGUUGUAUUUCAUGUAUUGUGAUCUGCGGGAUCUCCGUCACUUUUCCUAUGUAUUUAUCGAUAUCUUUAACUCGUGACUCGUUCGUGGUAUUUGGUGUACGUCGCUCGCAUUAUACUUACCACUCGAUAGGAGCUUAAUCGCAUCUUUAA